CCGUGGGGGGAAGUUGAAACCCUGCGGCUGCAAUGGAGGCGGCGGCCGCUGCUGCGGCCAUGGGCGGGGAGGAGGACGGGAGGGGUCGGAAGGGAAGCUGGUACGCGGUGGGGGAGCGCGCGGUGCUGGUGCCGUACCUGCGGGAGCACGUCCCGCGGUACCACGAGUGGAUGCAGGACCCGGCUCUGCUGGAGGCCACCGCGUCGGAGCCGCUCUCCCUCGCCCAGGAGUUCGAGGUCCACCGCUCCUGGACCCUCGACCCUCUCAAACAUACUUUCAUAGUGCUGGAUAAGGAGUUGAUCGAGGGAGAGUUCGUAGUCGGGAACCCACACACUGAAGCUAUGAUUGGCGAUGUCAACAUCUAUAUGAAUGACCCUGAUGAUUUGGAACUUGCGGAGAUAGAGAUUAUGAUAGCUGAACAAAAGAGCCGUGGAAAGGGACUAGGUCAAGAAGUGACCUUAAUGAUGAUGUCAUUUGCAGUAGAGAAAUACGGAAUUCACACUUUCAGAGCAAAAAUUAGUGACUCAAAUACUGCAUCGUUAAAGCUCUUCAGAAAAUUGGGCUUCAAGGAUGCUUCCCAUAGUGCAGUUUUUAAGGAGGUGACAUUGGAGGCGCCUGCAGCUGAACUCCCGUUGAGCUCUCCUCUGACCAUAGGAAGCUGGUGACAUCUGAUUAUGUGUCCCAAGAUGUGCUGCAGUAGACAUGCGUCAGUGGCUGGUCUUCACCAAACUGAUGCAAGCUAAUUGUGUGCGCGGCACGCUUAAGCUGAUGAGUACUGGCUUCAUCUGCCAACCACUGCUUGGGGCAAUUGCGUAUAGAUAUAUAGCAAUAAUAGGAAGAACCCUGUGUUGGGUUCCUGAGCAGUUGAGGUGGCACCUGAUGUUUUGUGGUGAAACAUUGCAAGUUCAGUACAAAUUGCCAUUGGGGCAAAUGGAACAGGUCGCGGUAAUUUGCAGGAACUGUAGAUGGUAUAUGCAUCAUCAAUGACACAUGACACUUUGUUUUGAAGCAGUUCACCGUGCUCAUCUUUUGCGUUUU